GAUAAUUUUAGCAGGAGCAUCAGGUUUCCGCUGGACAAAAGCCAUCAUCCAUACGGAGCUGAUUUGAGGAGGAAGUAACGGGAGUUGGAUGACAGCGGGAUCUGUGGUUGUUUGGUUUUUGGCGUUGCCAUAUGGAAUAUAUGGCUGGCUGUUCAUUGAGCGCCGGAGGCCGCAGGUGUUUUGUUCAGCUUAGAAAUCCCAGUGGGAAAUGGAAGUGAGGUUCACGGACCAAGUGAAACCAGGCAUGGAGGAGUUAACAAUAUGGGAGCAACAUACAAUAACACUAAACAAAGAUCCCAAGUUUGGGUUUGGGUUUGCCAUAUCUGGAGGCAAGGACAAGCCACACCCAGAUGGGGAUACAGCUGUGGUGGUGUCAGAUGUGCUGCCAAGUGGACCAGCCAUGGGACGACUCUUCAACAAAGACCAAAUUGUCAUGGUGAAUGGAACGUCCAUGGAGAACGUCCACUCUAACUUCACCAUUCAGAUCCUGAAAUCAUGUGGCAAGACAGCAAAUGUGACAGUGAAACGCCCUCGCAAGAUCCAAAUCCCAGCCACCACCAGGCCGUCUCGGGCCGCCUCCCACUCCAACCUGCUGGACCAGGACCCUCCCAGACGAACACGACGCUACUCUGACGGCAGCGAGAGCCAAGACGCCAAUCACUACAGAGCCCGCAGCUCCACGCUCGAUCGUAACGGGAACGGGAACACACUGCCGUUAAUGUCGACGGGCUACAAGAGGUUGCCACGCCACGACGUUGCAGACAAGCCCAUCAAAACUACUCUGGUUAAAAAGAAAAUCACAGAUGAGUAUGGACUAAAGCUGGGAAGUCAGAUCUUUAUCAAGCACAUGACAGAAACAGGCCUGGCUGCAAAGGAAGGCACGCUGCAGGAGGGAGAUCUCAUUCUCAAGAUCAAUGGCAUGACAACAGAGAAUCUAUCCCUGCUGGAGACCAAGCACCUGGUGGAGAAGAGCAGGGGCAAACUGACCAUGACGGUCCUCAGGGACGACCGCAAGUUCCUGGUCAGCAUCCCAGAGGUGGAGGACAGCGCCCCCAACAGCGAGGACGACCGCCGCCGAGACAGCAGCUCCGAGCUGGAGGACAUUUCGGACCUUGAUGCAGACAUCCCCACUCACAGAACAUCCCGUCAACCCACCAGAGAGAAACGCACACGCAGAACGAGAGCUGAACCUCUUCCAGUCAAGUCUCGGGACUCAUCACCCGUGCGCUCCACCUUGACUCGUCCUCCUGCGAAAACCUACGCCUCUCGUAGAGCUCCAUAUGAGUCGGAAUCUGAUCGCAGCGCCUCUCCUCCUCCUGUCAGAAGAGACAGACACAGUCCGGACGUGAGGGAUCAGUCCAGCAGAUACAAAGCUCUCUCCGGUAUGUCCACCCUCCCCAACCCCCGGUCCUCUCCUGUAGCCCACAACCGGACCACCUCCCACCCUCCCUCCAACGCCUCACGGCCCCGCAGGCCUGUGUCGGAGUCAGACUCAGACCGCAGCGCUUCCUCUCCUCCGCGCAGACAGAGCCCGCGCCCAGACAGCAGAUACAAAGUUCUCCCUGAUCUGCCUCACCCCAUCACUGUUCGCCAGGAGCCACCAAGGAGGGUCAGCUCGCCUCUCAGAGUCCCACCCCCAGACUCUGAGUCCGAGUCGGACGGCAGCUCGGGGCCUCCUCAUAGGCACAGCACCUCACACAGUCAAGACUCCCUCAGCAGAUACAGAGUCCUGCCCAAUGUUGCCCUGCAGCCCCAGGUGGAGCCACCGCGAUGGAGCGACGCCAGUGUCGCUGCCAGAAAGCCGCCACAAAAAGCUCAUUCAGAUUCUGAGUCAGAAGCCAGUUACGCAUCUGUCCCCCGCAGGGGGUCCACAGACAGUGGAAACUCCAACACACUCAGCAACAGAUACAGAGUCUUCCCUGAGACAAAGACCACCUCAGUCGCCGUGAAGCAGGAGCCUCCUCAUCGUGUCCCAUCACCCACCAGACCACCUCCCGAUGAUUCCUCGGAGUCAGACCAGCUUUCACAUCUCAGGAGGUCUGGGAGCUCGGAGCGGGAGGAGAGCCACCGCAGGGUUCCUCGCGCUGCUAAUGGAACUGGCACCCUCAGGUCUGGGAUCUCAGUGAAGAGCAACCCACCACUCUACUCCAAGCCUGUAGAAGAGCCCAUCUACUCCUUACCUCCAGAUUCUUACCCAUCACCUAAUCCAGGGUACAGCUCCGACGUGCACACAGUGUCGUUCGUGAAGGAGGGCAGCGUGGGCCUGAGGCUUGUGGGAGGCAAUGAUGUCGGCAUCUUCGUAGGUGGAGUUCAGCCAAACAGCCCUGCAUAUGACCAGGGGAUGAAAGAAGGAGACCAGAUAAUGCAGGUAAAUACAGUUGAUUUUGGCCAUUUCACACGUGAAGAGGCGGCCAACUUCCUCCUGAAAAUCAAGAAAGGAGAACAAGUGGAAAUUUGCACACAGAACAAGAUGGACAUUUAUAAGAAGAUAAUCAAGUCCAACCUGGCAGACAACUUCUACAUCCGCACGCACUUCGACCAUGAAGCAGAGGGACACAUCGGCCUGAGCUUCACCAGAGGAGAGGUGUUCAGGGUGGUGGACACAAUGCACCGUGGGAAAUUGGGCAACUGGUUGGCCAUCCGCAUGGGGAACGACCUGCACGAGAUGGAUAAAGGCACCAUCCCCAACCAGGCCAGGGCGGAGACGCUGGCCAGCAUUGAGCAGGCACAGCGGGCGAGUGGAGAGAGGCAGGUGUCAGGACCCAGAGCUGAGUUCUGGAAACUACGGGGUCUAAGAGGGAACAAAAAGAAUGAAAAGAACAUCCGUCGGAGUCGUGAAGACCUGCUGCAGCUCACCAUUCAGGGCAAAUUCCCGGCCUAUGAGAGAGUCCUGCUCAGAGAAGCUAAUUUCAAACGGCCCAUUGUCAUUCUGGGUCCUCUUAAUGACAUUGCCAUGGAGAAGCUGGCCAGAGAGAUGCCUGAUGAAUAUGAGGUGGCAGAAAUGGUUCCUCGCAGUGGAGGAGCAGAGAGCGCCUCCACAGUAAUUAAACUGGACACUGUGAGGAGAAUAGCAGAGAAGGACAAACACCCUCUUCUGGACAUCACCCCCACUGCAGUGGAGAGACUCAACUAUAUCCAGUACCACCCGAUGGUGCUGUUCUUGGACCCUCACAGCCGCAAGGACGUCAAGGCCAUGAGGCAGAGGUACAGCCCCAACUCCAACAAGAGCUCCAGACGCCUUUACACACAGGCCCUCAAGCUGAGGAAACACUGCAGCCACCUGUUCGCAGCACGUAUUGACCUGCAGCCCAACUCCAAUAUUUGGUACGAAAGUCUGAAAGAUAAGAUACGCCACCAACAGUCCAAACCCGUCUGGGUGUCCGAAGUCACGUUGGAGAGUGGUGGAGAGCAGGACUUGGAUGCUCUGGACCAAACCCAGUCAGACUACCUCAGUGCUGCUAGUGACCUGGAGGACACUGACGGAGAGGCCUUCACAGACGGAGAGGCCUACACCGACAAUGAGGAUCUUGAGGAAGCUUAUCCUGGUCAGGAGGCAGCCAGGCUCUCACGAGGCACCAGGCCAGCUGGAGCUGCUUUAGCCCGAUCAUCUGAGCCGGCCUCUGGGCACCGCAGCCCCACCUUCGACCCCGAGCCGCACGCUGACGCAUACUCGGUCAGAGAAAUCCCACCUUUGAUGCACGUACCUGAGCCCAGAUCCAGCCAACGGAACAAACACAGCCCACCUCACAGCGCUGCUGAGGAGGAAGACCCCACUCAUCGCAGUUUUACAGACUCUGACUUCAGCGCUCUUGAUGUAAUUGCGCCCACCACUCCAUCAGAUGGACCUCCGGAUUUUAUAGCCCCCGACCCAACCACUCAGCACUCCGUGAAUGAGCCCUCAUAUGCUCAGGUGCAGCCUGAGAGCCCACAACAUGCAAGCCUGUCUGCCAUUGAAGAGAAAUUACAGCAGGCUCGCGUGGCAGAGCCACAAGCUGAGGAAAAGAAAGGCCCUCAGUUCAUCGUGCUAGCACACCAUCACCAAGCAGUCCAGUUCAGACGCACGCAGAUCCGAGGCAGCGACAGCUCUGAGGAUGAAGAGGAUGAAGAGGAUGACAUUGAAUGGGGUCCUGCAACAGAACUCUAAACACAUCAAGGAUUAAAACUGGAGUCCAAUAGGAAAUUUCAUCCGCCUCAAGAAACUCGUCUUGGAUCAUUUAGUUUUUGUUCUGCAGAACUUUAGUCGCCCUCUUCAGAUGUGGGAUAGUAGAAACUCUUGUGUUCAAGAUUACUGCAACUUUUUACUACGAGUAUUAACAUCUCAACAAAAGGCUCUCAGAUCAACGUCAAAGUGCCUAAUCUCUUUUCAGAUUUUUUUAUUUAAAUAACCCCAUGUGAAACAAAUCAGUGUGCUCUUUGUUUUUGCUGUUUUAUGUAACAUAUUAACAAAUUCUAGUUGUAUUAGAAACUGAGUGUCUUUUUAUGGAAACAUGCCAGGACAUUUAUGAAAUAUUUGAAUGGCUCUUUUAACUUUUUCUACAUUAAAGUAUUUUCCUGAUUUCAAAGUGGGU